GGCGCUACAACACUUGUCGACUUGAGAGUGGCCAUCGCUUCAAACCAGGGCUACGGUGUCGUAAAAUACCAGUACGACUCUCUGCUUCAAACAAAUCUGCCACAUGCAGACAGGCUGAGACAGCGCUUUCCUAGUUUUUAUUUCUCCCACAGCUGGAUAGCGUUACCCGUCUAACGGUCUUUUUGCAGUGUAAUGUGAGAUAGAGUGUACUGGGCCGUGCCAGAAGCUCGUUGCAAGAUUUUCUAAGUACUGUGUUUUCUGUUGACAGACUGUGGUGUAGCUAGCAUGGCAGCGUGCACGAUGAAUUCUUCGAGGAGGGCCGGACGGCGUAGUCACUCGCCUGGUAGUGCAUCGCGAUUCAACCCGUUCCGCUCGCUCCGCUCGUCCCUUUCCAUGACCAGUCACACAGCGCGUUCGUUGACCGAUGUCACUGUGGCGACUACGGCAAGUCCUGCAAAUCACGAUCACAGCUAUGCGCCAAGUCCUGAAAUUCCGGAGGACUGUAGUACUACUGACGCUCCGGCAUAUCAGUACUAUCACGGUCGUCCCGGUCAAGGUGUUACGACGCGUAACACCAACGCCCACGGUGCUGCUGGGCGAGAUGGUAUGGAGUUGACGUUCCGACCUCGCUCCACGACGAUCAGUGAUACAUCGCCGACGACGUACAUGUCGCUGCAACGCGGCAUCAAGGCGCGACUGCACUCGCUCCGGCAAGAGCAGCACGCCAGUGCCAAGCACGCAUCUGUCAGCGUCCACCUUCCGGACUACCUGAACGCGGAGGAGCUGCCUGGCGACGUUCUCCAUACGACCGUGGAGGAGCUGCGACAAUGUCACAACUACAUUCGACAUACGGAAAUGAGGACGCUGGACAGACGCAUGAGUGGUCGACCGGCAGCUGCUUCUUCUAGUACUACUAGUACUAGUGGCCAGGACAACACGUCAAAAAAUUCCCAGGCAACAAUUUGUGGAGGUAGUUUUAGUGGUGAUGUUGACAGGUCGAAGGUCACACCUCGCCACACUGCUGCCAGUAGUGACGAUGUGGUGCUUGCUGCUUCUUCCGAUGGAGUAUUUGCUGAGGACGGACCAACCCCAAUACCUAGUCCCGAUUUAGUUCAUAUGGUUCAAAGCACUCCAUUGGCACCAAAGAGGAACUAUAGCCACUCUUCAAACAACGAAGACUGUGUUGGUGCACCCUCCACGCCAGAUGUCAACCUUUUCGAACACGAUAUAGCUCUGGUUUCAGAUCGCUGUGGUUACGGCCUAGUGUUGAGCGGCAUGGGUCCUACGUACGUGUUGCGAGUAGAGGCGCUGGGUCCUGCGUAUCGUGCUGGACUUCAUGUCGGUGACUUCAUUCUGAACGCAAACGGGAUUGACGUGCUCAGCUGCAACCAUGAAGAGAUCUCUCAGAUCAUCAUGAAGAAUACCAGCGAAGCGCGCCUGGUUGUCUUGUCGCGUAACCAAUUUGUGCGCACCGUUGGCCCGACCAUCUUCAAUCACCCGCUCGGCUACACUCAGCUCAAUCAGUGUCGCCUCAGUGACAGUAUGCUUGUGGGCAGCGGUCUGGACUCGGCAGUCAGUAUUAUCACGGAGGAGUCGUGCUUGCUGUCUGACAGCCUUGUGCGUCCCCGUCAACUGUCAUUCAGUGGCAGCAGCAGUGAUGGCAUUCGCAUUGCCGAUGGACACCAUGGCCAUGACAUGCCCAUUGCCACAGCUACACUAAAUACCAGGGGCAGGAACUUAUUGAAGCAACGGCGCCAAUCCGAGGCCAGUCUUUUAUCUCAGUCUGCGCCCGUAUCGCCUGCCCAUCGUUCUGAAAAGCCCACCCUUCUGCAGCUAGGUGGACAGAAACACUCUUAGCUAGUAUAAACUUGCAUUGCCAUGUGUGAAUACACUCCUAGUAUAAGAACCAGACUAUUUCCCUCUUUUCCCAUGGGGGAAAGAAUCUGAUGUCGAUCAGUCAUGCGUUUGAUGUAUUCCGUAUUGCAACACUUCUAUUGUCUUUCUACUUUGGUUAGUCGCCAUACUGUAAUUAUCACAAAUCAGUGAUCUUGUGGCCAGCAGUCUAGUAUAAAAGGAUAAGACAACACGAAACUCCGCACAAGUCACAGAAUGAUUAUGAUCUAAUCUUGCAAUAUUGGACUUCAAAGCAAGACUAUCCACUUUGCACACAAUACUUAUAUUUUUAUUUUACCAGUUCUUCCCAUCGAUGCAUCCAAGGGUCACAGAUUUUAUUUCAAAUUAUGAUCAAUCCUGUCAUUACAAGUAAGUAAUUAUAAUACUAGCAGCUACAGCUACAUGUA